CCCCCCGUGUGAGCCAUGGAAGAAGACGCGUCCCACGCCGAGCCCAGCAGCUUGUCGGGCAGCACCCACACCAUCCCGCCGCCGCUCGAGCACCCGGAGCUCCUCAUCCCGAGCUUCAGCCCGUCCUCCGCGCCGGCCUCCCCGACCCCAGCGGGGGGUACCCUGUCCCGGCUCGGCUUCAGGGGUCCCACCAGCCCGACCUCGGUGGCGCCCGGCAGCCCCGUGGCCGGCGGCCAGGUGAGCGCCAUCACCGUGGUGGCGCUGCUGGACAAGCUGGUGAACAUGCUGGAGGCGGUGCAGGACAACCAGCAGCGCAUGGAGCUGCGGCAGGCCGACCUGGAGGGCGCCGUGCGGGUGGUGCAGGGCGACGUGAGCCGCCUCACCAAGACCCACGUCAGCACCUCCAACUGCGUCAGCAAGCUGCUGGAGCGCUCCCGCAAGGUCAGCGGCCACCUGAAGGACGUGAAGGAGCGCAUGGACAAGCAGGCGGUCCAGGUGAAGAAGCUGGAGGCCAACCACAACCACCUGCUGAAGAGGAACCACUUUAAAGUGCUCAUCUUCCAGGAGGACAACGAGAUCCCCUCCAGUGUGUUUGUCAAGGACUCCCUCAGGACCCCACUGCCUAGCCAGUAUGACGCAGAGUCCACCAUGGUUACUCCAUCCAUCGCAGGCUCGGUUGAAUGCAGCCGUGCCCAAGACGAGGGUCUCCAGACCAUAAGCCUGUCCUCUGACGACGAUGAUGUUCUCAAAGCCCUGCAGGAGGAGUCCGAUAUGCUGGCGGCCGAGGCUGAAGUUGGUCUGGGCAGUUCCCGCCCAUAUGAGAGAAGAGCCGACAAAUUCAAGCGCAACAGCCUGAAGAAGGUCGAUAGCCUCAAGAAGGCCUUCACGCGCGAGAGCAUUGAGAAGAAGAUGAACCAGAUCUCCACCAAGAUUGUGCCCCCAGAGAAGCGUGACAAACUCAGGAAGAGUCUCACCCCCAACCACCCCAAGAGCCCAACUGCCAAGUCCUCCUCAUUUAAGGUGUCUCCCAUGACCUUCAAUGUAAAGAAGGUCAGGGAUGGGCAGACCCCCACGCAAGACAUAGGUUCCCAUGGGGCAGAAGACCAUGUGGAGAUUCCUCAUCUAGGAAACAUGGAUGGUGACAUUCCCUUGGCGGAGGUUCAUGCCCAUGAAGACGUUGUGGAGGUAAAUCAGGAAAUGCUAGGUCCCUCCACCCCAGACAGCAUGAAGGCAGAGCUGGCAAUCAACGGCAAAGCACCGAGCAUUGAGUGUGAGAUCAAUGGGGAUCACGCUGCUGGCCUGGCAGUACCAGAGCAGGAUGAAGAUGUUGGCGUGGAUGAAGAUGAUGAGGAGGGAGAAGAGGAGAAGCACAAAACCCCUGUAGUACCAGCAGCCGAUGCCCAGAUCCCCACAGCAUCAGCUGCUGUGGAGCAAGCAACCUAAUUUGAUUUUGUUGAGCAUAACUUCUAAUUUCACUCUCUUCUUUAAGAUUCUACAUUUGAUCCCCAUCACACUCGAAUGAUCCCUCCAUUAUAAACACUCAGCUCCCAAAAGAACUCAAAACAUAAUCAUAGCUUCUUGAGUUACUCCAUCCUCGGGCCUUUUUACUACUUUAUCACCAGUAUAGUCUAAAAAUGUUGAUGCCUCGGUCAAAUCAAACCUCACAGUGCAGAUCACCAAUCUCCUAUUUCAACCAACACGGUGCCGCUUUACCUUUACCAGAACCGGUUCUUCAAAUCCAAGAAAGGUACAUACGAUUUGACCCACUGACUUUGGAACUGCAGCAACAGGGAGAGGAUUUCCAGAACCUUCUCAUGAAAAAUGUAAUGACUUUAAGAUUCCAUUUAUUUUUUAAAAGCCAGCGAAAUCAGUUGCAUUAUGGCCGCCUCAACUUAUUUCCAAUGAAAUGGAAAUAAACUGCAUCAUCGCCUACAGCUGGUAUGGAGUGUGAACUACUCUACAUUCAGAUCUCAGACCAGUUGAAAUGAUGUGAGACAGCUGUGGGCUGGCUCUGUGCCAGCAUGGCCCCAGUGGAAACGAGGUACAGGACUGAUUCUUAAUCUCUUGCUCUUGGUUGCCCAAGAAAAGCCACAUGCGCCAUAACUCACCCUCGUCAGCUGGUGCCCGCCCCUCCGGCAGCAGCACAUCGCCAGGGUGGUGAGCCAACCAUCUCCCUCCUGCUGUGCGUGCCUGUGUCUGGACCCCCCCCCGCCUUUUGUUCUUUGUGGUUCUUGUGAAAUAGAGUAGAUGUCCGGCAGCAGCAGUGCUGCCCACAGCCUACUGAGGCGGUGCGUUGCCAGGUUGUGCACGAUUUGGAAUGGGCAGUUUGUAGGUUUUCAGUGAGAAUGUUGCGGGGGGGGGGGGGGGGGGUUGUAGUGGACUGGAGACUGUUUACAGAAUUUCUUUGGACCUGUACUGAAAAGCUUCACUAACAGGUGAACGUCUUGAAUCUCCUCAUCUGUCCUUCUUCUUUAUAAGUGUUAGUCCGACCUGAUCGCUGAGGACCUAACUGCAGUGCCUGAGAAGUUGCAUGAGGAACCUAAAAAUAUCAUAGUAAUUGGUGUUUGCCGAUUGACUACCAACAGUUCACCUUUUUAAUAGAGUAGAAAUAGCAUAGAAUUGUUUGAAAUAGUAAAAAGAGAAAUAUAUAUUUGAGUCCCAUUGAUGAAGGACAACACUGCAGCACGGAAGCUGCUCUAGAUUGAGAGACAAAUAUAUGACUGGCACAAAUAACCCAUAGGUUUUAAUACUGACAUGUGUGAAAUGUCCACUCUACAGCCCUGGGUCUUUUCUACAGGGCAUCAGUGUAUGAUUAUGUACAGGAAAUAUUUUCUACACGAGGCACUCUACUCUUUAGGUAUUUACCGCUUAUAUAACAUAACAUAUGAACUUUAACUGCCUUGAGUAUGUGUUAUUAAACAGUAAAUGUAUCUGUAAAGUUGUUUUGAGUUAUUAAAUGAUGCUAGGGUGUAAUGAGUAAUAUUUUACUUUCAGGCAUUCAUUGCGUGCAUUGGGAAAAGUUAGCUCAGUCUCAUAUGUUUAACACUAUCUUAUAAACAUUUGCAUUCACUCCGACACUCCUUAAGUGCCUCUGCCUUGCACAAGCUGGUAUGGAAUAGAUUCCUAUGUUGUCUUGUAGAUAAGAGUGAUAGUAAAGCAUUCCUGAUUUUUUUUUUUUUAUCUCUGUUCGGAGGAAUUCUUUGCAGCUUUAACUUUACAGAGCAUAUUCAAGCUUUGAUUACAAACUGCAGCAAGAGAGGAUUUAAGUUUUCAAGAAGGUGCAAAUGCAUUUUUCACAAUCAGCCUUGUGUUUGGAAGUUGUACCUGCAAGGUUCUAUAAAGUCACCUUCCUCCUGUUGCACAUAGUUAACGGUUUACAUGCCUUAGUCAUAGAUUUCUAAUGUUUAAUGACUCCCUAAGAAUAGUUUGGCGAGUGAUUCCAGGGGCCAGGGAAACUUGUCUUUGUUUUCUGCACAUGUGCAGCUUGGAAGAGAAGAGCCUGGAAUGUGUCACAACAUAGAAUUGGAAAUUAUAGGAACCAAUUGCUGGCACUACAGGAUUGGAGAACCUCUAUUUCAGUUACACCACUACGACCUACUUCCAUUAUUCUGCUUCUAAAUUAGACAGAGCAGAAAUUAAUCAGCUUGCAUCUAAGUUAUGCAAGAAAAUCACAUUAUUGACGUAUCGUGCAUUUGAUAUAGAUAUAUAUAUUUUCAACACUAUUUGACAAAGUAAUACACUCAAAGCCUUUCAGAUGCUUCAUGUUUAUAAAAGUUUACCAAUCUUCUAUUUGGAUAUGAUGGGUAAACAACUUGUUACCUAUGUACUCAGUAAGUCUGAGGAUUCUUUCUUUUUAAUUCUUCUUUUGUAUAAAUCACUCAACUAAAAUAAAGAAACAUUAGGCUUACGUGUACAUUCUGUUUUAAUGCAGAGGUUAAAAUGUGACUGGCUCUGAUGUAUUUCUGCUAAUUCAUGUAAAAGUGUGUUAAUUUGGUGAUAUCCCUGUCUGCUGUUAUUAAAAGAAUAUAUCUAGAAAUUAUUAUCUAGACAUUUGUGUGUGUAAAUGUCUAUUUUGUUUUCCUUUUGUCUUCAAAUCACUGUUAAAUCUGGAUAUAUGUGAGGACCACUGUUUGCUGGGAAAGCUCUGGCAUGAGAUACCUACAGCACAGGUAGAGAUGUUUAAUAUCAUCUUUGUUUGGAGUUUUAAACCUGUUAAUCUAGUCGCCCACUUAAAACCAAAGAAGUUUCCCCCACAGCCACUCGAGUGUUUCGAUGUACACCUGCUCACUUGUCUCAACCAGUCACGCAGGAAUUUCCCUUCAAAGUGUAGUAUUGUAUACGUCAAUAAAAACUUUAUAACAUUCA